AUGUCUUCUCAAAAAGAUUGGGAUGAAGACAGUGAUAGCGAAAAUGAUAAUGUUGUUGUUGAAGAAAAGCCAAUGAUCUUGCCGCGUGCUAGGCAGCCAUCCAUAGCGAAAAGCCUUGAGAAAGUCCAAAUAUUGGAAAACAGUGUUGCUGGAUCCGAAAAAAAUGCGUCAGACGAAGAUUCUGAUUCAAUUUCGGUACUUUCCGACGACUUGGAUGUUUUUGACGAAGAUAGCGAAAUACUGAAUAUCACAUUUGAUGCUUUUACCAAUAUGAAGAAGAUAAUUUCUCAAUUCGAUUGUGAAUACACCAACAUUAUUCGAGAAUUCGCCGAUGUCGAGAUUUUCCUGAUUUCGUUGGACUCUUUGAUUGUUGAAUGCGCCGCGCAUUCGUAUCAUAACUGGCAACUCGCAGGACAAUCUAUUGUUCUCAACAAACAGAUUGAUAGAUUCCUGGAACAAUUUGUGAAAAUUGGGGGUCGUUUUAAAAUCGUUAUUUUCACGGAUUUGACUGCUCAAUUCGCUAGAGAUACGACAUUGUCAUUUGCGCGAGCAUCGGCAAUUGCACAUUUGAUGAGCGGAAAAUUUGCUGACGAUAUUCUUGUAUUCACAAGUCCCGUUGACGCUUCUUGGGGCAAAUUCCUCGACGACUUGACCCCGUCAUUUUUGAUGAUUUCCACUGACAAUGUCACAAAAGAUGUGUGUGCUGCUGAAGAUGUCAAUUUGACACCACAUUUCGAAACUAUUGUUAUUGAUGUGCUUUCGAGAUCAAUGCCGGUUGUUCUCCUCAACUCAAUCAGAGUUAACUUCGUCUCAGUUGAUGCUUACUAUGUAACUCCGAAAUUGGUCAAAGCUCAAGAUUGGGAAUGCUUUUUGGCGGCACAUUGGGAAUGUAAUGGAGAGCUCCUUCGCUCGUUCCACUCGAAAAGUUUGAAGAUGAGCCAAUUUGCGUCACCGGCCGAAUUUUGGGUUAAAGUAAUUGUUGACGCGAAAGCAACAAAACAAGGAUCGGACACUUUCGAACAAUUAUGCGCUGCCGUUCUUUUGUCUUCAUUGAUCUGCACGCGACGAGGAGUUGAACGAGUUUAUUUGCCGGAAAGAGAAAAUGCGAAGCGCGGUUUGAAUGUGAUUCGUGAUCGUCGGUUGCUCCUUAACACCGCCACGACUCUUCUUGAAAAAGCUGAUCAUGUUGGAUCGAAACUUGAUCUUGCUGAUAUCUGGGAUGGACGCAUGGUUUUAACGAUUUAUGACGAAAUCGCUGCUAGUGAAGCGAUCCUUCCUUAUCGCCUUCAAGAGGAGUUUGCCAAGCUUCACGGGAAAGCUGGUUUGACGAUUCCAUUGGCUGCUGACACCGCUGAGAAAUUAUUCGAUCCGCUUCCAGAAGUUCUCGAUCCAUUAACCGAUAUGCCAAUUCUAUAUGAUGUCACUUCACCGUUGCUUAAAAAAUUUGUGCCAGAGAUUCAGAAAUUGGCUUCAAACAAUAAAGUUGUGGAGGGAGAAGUUCAAGAUUAUGCUGAAUACCUCAAAGAUGUCCACCAAUGGAGAUUGAAACCGAUUGAGGAAAGCUAUGCGAAAAAAGAAGAAAAAAUCGAGAAUCUGUGGCAACUUAAGAAAGCGAAUCGCACAAAGCAGAAUCUCAUGAAAUGGUACGAAUUGUUCGCUAAUUCGCUUGAAGGACGAGGAUCGAACCUUCUUGUCGAUUUCUCCCGUGUGCCUAAGGGCUAUGCAAGUUUGGAAUCGGAAAAUUCAGACGAAAAGAAAUCCGGAAAAGGUGGAUGGGUUGGACAGAAAGGACAAAAAACCGGAGGUGGUGGAAAGAAGGGGAAGGAAGCCGGAAAGUCGAAGAAAGAUGCAAUUUUGGAAGCCAACAAAAAAGUGAAAGAUCAAAAGGUCGCUGAAGGAGAAAAGGCGAAAAUCCGAUAUGGUUGCCAACAAGGAAAGGAAGCUAUUUCUUUUUUGAACUCUCUUUAUUCUACUCUUGAUCUACCCGAAUGCAAGGCAAUUUGUCGUUAUGAAGUUACGGUUCGCGAAGGAAGAAUAUUAUUUGAUUUCUAUCAAGGAGCUAGUAAGCAAGAAGAACGCCGUUUCAAAGCUAUCCAACUCGUUGGUCAUCUCAAGGAAUGCUUUACGAAACAUUGGGAACACCUUGAGCCGAAACAACGAGAACAAAUAGUUGAUUUGUGGGUCUCGCUUGGAUUCGAGGCUCCAGCUGGCACAAAACCAUCGUCCGAAGCGAAAAACAAAAAGCUUGACCUUGGAAUUAACAUGAUUUAUUAUCAAUUACAAUAUGGUGGAGAAUUGAUCGAUAUUCAAUCGGAUCCAAAGAAGGAUGAUCGUGUUAGUGGAUUCGCACCAGAUGGAUGGCAAAGAAAUAUGUUGGAUUCUGUGGAUCGAGGAAAUUCGGCUCUUAUUAUUGCACCAACGUCGGCUGGUAAGACUUUCGUCUCAUACUACUGCAUUGAGAAAAUUCUUCGAUCGAGUGACGACGAUGUUGUUGUCUAUGUUUCGCCGUCGAGAGCUCUUAUCAAUCAGGUUUGCGGUUCGGUUUAUGCUCGUUUCCGAAACAAGUCGAUGAAAAGAGGAAUGUCAUUGUUCGGAACCCUCACUCAGGAAUAUGCGUAUAAUGCUCUGCAAUGUCAAGUGCUCGUCACUGUUCCCGAAUGUCUCGAAGAACUGAUGCUUUCGCAAACUCCUGCUAUCCAAAAAUUAGUCUCAAACAUUAAAUAUGUCGUGUUCGACGAAGUGCACUCUAUCGGAGCUUCUGAUGAAUCGCACAUUUGGGAACGUCUCCUUCUCCUAAUUCAAUGCCCAUUCUUGGCUUUGUCAGCUACAAUCGGAAACGCUGAGAAGUUGCACGAAUGGUUGAAUACGAGUGAAGUUGCCAAAUCGAAUGGAAAACGGAAAGUGGAUCUGAUCGUAUAUGGAGAAAGAUAUUCUGAAUUGGAGCUUUCAAUUCUUAACAUUGAAAACCCGGUGGAGAUCGCUGAGCAAGAAGAGACAGAAUUAUCUGAAACAUUGAACGAGAAGAGGAGAUGUCAUAGAAAGGCUGAUGGAAAUACAAUCAUUCCUCUUAUGCCAUACGGAGUUUACAUGCCGGAGAAAUUGAAAAUGUUCUCGAUUCCUGAUGAUCAACAACUCACUGCUCGCCAAAUUUUGCAUUUGUACUCAAUGAUGGCUGCAGUUGAUGAAGUCACCAAGAAGGAGUUUGAGCCAUGCAAUUUCUUCGGGCAAAGUGGUUCAAAGGCCGUUUGGAUUUCGCGUAAAGCUCUUCGUGAAUUGGAGAAUGCAUUGAAAGCGCGAUUCUUGGAAUACCUGCACACAGAUGCCGAAAAAUUGAACAAACUCUUGGAAAUUCUUUCACAGCCUGUUAAGAAACAGCUCGAAUACAGGGCGAUUCCCUUCAAUAAGGAAAAAGUCGCAGAUGAUUACAUUGUUUCGUUGGUCGAUGAAAUGAAAGAAACUGAUCAAUUGCCAGCGAUUUGUUUUAGUGAAAAUCGUCACGCUUGUGAGAAGCUUGCACUGACGCUUUGUAUAGAAUUAGAGCAACGCGAAGAGGAAUACAAAGAGACUGCCGAGUUUAAGAACAAUUACGCCAUUAAAGAUGAGGAGAAGCUUCUGAAAUUGGCGAAACGGAAGCGUGAUGAAGCUGAAAAGAAGAAGAAGAAGAAGAUCGGAAAUUCGGAUAAAGAUCGCGAGAAUAGUGAAGCAACUCCCAAAGAAGAUGAUGACGUGGAUGUUCUCGCCCUGAAGAAAGCCCGAUUGGCGAAUGCUCUGGCAAAGUUCAAACUUCGUGGACGUGGUGGUGGCGAUGUUGACCUUUAUCAAAAGAUGAUCGAAAGAUUGAAGAGAUAUGAGAAGACGAGGGAGAGUACGAAGUUCUUGUUGCGGUUGUUCGAACGCGGAAUCGGAUUCCAUCACGCCGGGUUAAAUCAGGUUGAAAAAGGAGCCGUUGAAGUGUUGUUCAGAUCUGGAAACUUGGCUAUUCUGUUCUCAACAUCUACACUUUCUCUCGGAGUCAACAUGCCUUGUAAAACUGUCAUGUUUGGUGUUGAUACCCCACAAUUGACACCAUUGUUGUACCGCCAAAUGAGUGGUCGUGCUGGUCGUCGUGGUUUCGAUCAUUCUGGAAAUGUCAUCUUCAUGAGCAUUCCGACAAGAAAAAUUCGACGACUUUUGACCGCUUCACUUUCAAAUCUUCACGGAAAUCCACCUUUCACCACAAUUUUCUUACUUAGACUUUUCUCAUAUGUUCAUCAAAAAGAUGUUACUGAUGUUCAUGGACAGAUCAUCACUACAAUUAAACAACGAGCUAUGGCUGCUGGUUCGCUUUUGGCUCAUUCGUUCAGUUUGCACACUCGGCCCGAAGCAAAAUCUGGAGUUCUUCAGAAGCAAUUGAAGCUUUAUACAGCGUUCUCAUUUCAAGUUUUGAGACAUUUGCAGUUAUUGACGCCAUUCGGAUCAGGAAAGAACUUUGCCGAUUUGGCGAUGUUUGCUCAAUUUGGAGAGGCUGGAACACUGUUGUUCAUUUAUUUGAUGCAAAAAGGAUGCUUCCACAAAUUAUUGAAGGAUUAUGUCGAGCAACCAGAUGUUGCGAAGAGAAUCAUGCUCGAAAUUUUGGCGAAUCUGUUCACCAACUUGCGAAUGACUGCCUGGUACAACCCACAAGAAAGAGUGCGUUCUGAGGAUAACUAUUCAAUUGUUCUUCCGGAUUUCCCAAAAUACUUCCGGCCAUUCGUUGCUGAGUAUAAUUCCACUGUUUCUGGAUUGUAUAAGAAAUUCAUGGCUGCCGCUUCAGAUAAACAAAAGCUCAUUGAAUCUGUAUUCGAUACUUCGGGAAAAGUUGAUGCAAACACUUUCUCAAUGUCUGACGAUUAUUUGGUUUCGCCAGUUUUCGAUGAGUAUUCGGAGGAUCAGUCGUUUUUGCCUGUCAUCGAGCUGAACAAGGUUGAUCAUCGCGGAAACAAGAUUUACCGAAAUGCAUUUGCGGUUGAUUUCUUCUAUCAUUGUUCCCGAUAUCUUCUGACUACUGUCAACGGUGUCAAAGUGAACAAUGCUUGGUUUAUCGUCAAUGAUUUUUUGACGAGAUUGCAACGAUUGUCCGUUGGACUUCAAUCAAUGGCUCGGCCUCAGGAUCCGUUGGCUUUGAUUCUUACGGAGAUUCAUAAAGAAUACGAUGAAAAGUUCCGAAUGGUGUUUGGAAUGAGAACGAGAGAUUAA